AUGGGUACCUACACCGAUUUGCUUGUCUCAUCCACAUUAUUCCGUCGUCUACUCGACGAUACUCAUCAACACGAGCAAGAAAAUUCUGUUGAUCUUCAUCAUGAACAAGAACGAGAGCUUUCUGUCGAACUUCCACAUCAACAAUCGACUAUUAAUUCGACAAGUCCGGAGACAGAAGAUGGGUUGUUGGUGGCGUCCACAAGUGUUGAAACAAAACAAAAAGGCAAAUUAAAAUGGCGUGUGUAUGGCGCAUACUUGCGAGCCGGUGCUGGCAUUGUUGUCGGUCUUCUCCUUGUAUCACUUGUCUCGGCGGCACAACAAGCGGCAUAUAUCUUUAGCAGUUGGUGGUUGGCAGCAUGGAAUGAUGAUGAAAGCUAUCGAUAUCAGAUCUUUAACAAUUGCACGACUAGUCAGCAACACAGCACAAUAUGGUCUAUGACUGAUGCUGAAUGGAAUAAUUAUCGAAAUCGACGAUUCUACAUCUUUUCUGGUCUAUAUACAUUUUGUGAGCUCAUUCGAUGA